AUGGCGGACAAGAGUAUUGCAGAAAAUAUUAUAACAGAAACUCAAAAGAGGAUUGGGAAUGCCUUUGAUGUAUUUGACCAUGAAUCCAACAAGACUGUUGAUGUCAGAGAAAUAGGCACCAUCAUUCGUUCACUUGGUUGUUUUCCUUCAGAAGCUGAAUUGCAUGAUAUAAUCUCCGAGCUAGAGGAAGAAGAACCCACUGGAUUUGUGCGCUAUGAGAAGUUUCUUCCAACUAUGACUAAGGUCCUGCUGGAGCGCAAGUUUCGUCCUAUUACAGAAGACCUGCUCAUACAGGCUUUCGAGGUUUUAGAUCAACAGAAAAAAGGACACUUGGAACCAGCAGAGCUGGCUAAAUACUUAACACAAGAAGGAGAGCCCUUCACACAGGAAGAGAUGGAUGAAAUGCUGUCUGCCGCUGUUGAUCCUGAUAAAAAUGUCAUUUUCUACAAAGACUUUGUGAGCAUGAUGACUUAUGAUGACUCCCGAUAAUCAAACAAACGAGUAGUUUAAAGAGUUUCCAUUAAUGUAUCAUAAACAAAAUCAUCUCAAUCACCAUAAUAAACAAUUUACUGAAUAUCUUA